GAAAUUGUGAGCAUUGAUCCUUGCAGCUGCUGAAAGGUUUUUAGUGCAGGGAGUUCACAUAGAGAGAACAACUCCCCAACUAUGAUUGAGAAUGUAAGGGAGGACUUACAGGUAGGCAGCAGCACAUCCAUCUGUUGCUGAACAGAUACACAUUUUGAGAAUUACAUCUUUAUAAAAAAUGCCUGAAGGUUAUCUAACCCUAAACAAGACAUUGUCAUCUGCUACAGGAAGCAGCGCUCAUCUCAGAUUCCCGAAUGGCAGCGAUGCUUUGUACAAGGAAGAAAGUGCAGAUUUAUCCCCGAGGCUAGAAGUAUUGGCAACAAUUUCUGUCACAUACGCUGUGAUCAUUUCAGUCGGUCUCCUUGGGAACACCAUACUUAUCAAAGUAUUCUUUAAAAUCAAAUCCAUGCAGACAGUUCCCAAUAUUUUUAUCACCAGCCUUGCAUUUGGAGACCUGCUGCUUCUGCUGACAUGCGUUCCAGUGGAUGCUUCUCGUUACAUGGUAGACACAUGGCUAUUUGGGAGAAUGGGCUGCAAGAUUUUAUCCUUCAUUCAGCUGACUUCGGUUGGAGUGUCAGUCUUCACUUUGACUGUCCUUAGUGCUGACAGGUAUAGAGCUAUUGUGAAGCCACUGGAACUGCAGACAUCAGACGCUGUUUUGAAGACAUGCGGCAAAGCUGUUUGUGUCUGGAUUAUCUCCAUGUUACUUGCUGCUCCUGAGGCAGUAUUUUCGGAUUUGUAUGAAUUCAGUAGCCCCGACAAAAAUGUGUCCUUCAAAGCUUGUGCCCCUUAUCCUGUUUCUGAAAAGCUAAUGCAAGAGACACAUUCCCUGAUGUGCUUCUUGGUGUUCUACAUUGUUCCCUUGUCUAUUAUCUCUGUAUAUUACAUACUUAUUGCCAAAACUCUAUACAAAAGUACGUUCAACAUGCCAGCUGAGGAACACACCCAUGCCCGUAAACAGAUUGAAUCACGAAAAAGAGUGGCAAAGACGGUGCUUGUGUUGGUGGCCCUCUUUGCAUUUUGCUGGCUUCCUAACCACAUUCUCUACUUGUACCGAUCCUUUACAUAUCACUCAGCAGUGAAUUCGUCCAUCCUUCACCUGUCAGCCACGAUUUUUGCACGGAUUUUGGCUUUUAGCAAUUCUUGUGUCAACCCGUUUGCACUUUACUGGCUUAGCAGGAGCUUUAGGCAGCAUUUUAAAAAGCAAGUUUACUGCUGCCCAGAGCCGCCUCUCCAGUCUCAAACAAGCCCAACCCACAGCAGUACAACAACUGGGAUGGCAGCUACUAAGGGCAAUAUACAGAUGUCUGAAAUUAGCUUUACUUUACUGAGUGGUUAUGACAUUAAGAAAGUGAGUGAUAGCAUUAGUCUAAAUGAUAGCAGAUAACUCAUUAUAUCAACUGUGUUAACUCUUUCUCUACAAAGAUUAUUAGACAAGGUUUAUUGAAAAACAUACAAAAACACAAUAAUACCUACAUUAAGCACACAUUCCUGAGAUUUUCAAAAGAUUUCUAGCUCCUGUUUAAAAAUCCAACUCAUAACUUUUUUUUUAUUCACAGAAAAUGGGCCACCUAGGUUAAUUGUUAAUUCACAAAUGCCAGUUGUCUAAUGAAAAUGUUAGAGCUAGUUAGCUAGUAAGAUCAAGAUCGAGAUAUUCUAGAAGGCAAUGGAAAGAAUUGUAUUAAUCCCAUACAUGCUAAAGAGAUUGCAACAGAGAAUGGAUAAAAAUGCAUUUUGGAAGUAAAAAGAGGGACAAAAAAUUUUUUUCCGCAUGUAGCGCAGCAAUUUUUUGACCA